AUGCGCCACGGCCGCCGUCGCAUCCGCGUCAUUGACAUUGCGGCGAAGAUGUCGUACGAGUAUCAGAUGCUAAAGAAGAUGUGCAAGCGGCGCCCCGCCAUGCGGCAGUGGGCGGUGCGCGACGACUACUGCGAUAUGAGCCCUGGUGUGGUCGUCAUGUCGCCCUCCAUGCAGGCCGCCUUCAUGAAAGUGUUUCGGCUGAAGGACAAGGGCCUCAUUCGGCGGUGCUUGCGCGACAUCAUCCCAAUCAUCGAGUACCGCAACCGUGAGGAAAGACCGGCCGCAAUGCGUGAUAAGCCUUCGGACAUGAUCCCUGACGGUGAACCCGACACCCUCAACCAAAAGAAGCGCGAGCUUUUCGAACUCAGGGAGACGGGCGAGAACUUCAAGCCGCUCUACCUGCACGACAAGCGCUCGCAGGCGAAGCUGCGCUUCAGGAUUCGGCAGCGGCUCAUCAAGUUCCAGCGGCAACUCGCCAUCGCUAACGCCGUGGCGAGCCGCACCGUCCUGUACUCGACAGAUGACGCGAUUGGUUACUUUCUCUUCCGCGGCGCAGCCAUGUACGCUGGAAUGCACCGCGUCUUCUUUGAGCUGAGCAAGCAGCUGCCGCACUUUGUGCCGAAGAGCAUGCUGGACUUUGGCGCCGGCACCGGCACGGCCAUUCUCGUAGCGAAGGAGGUGUACGACCCCGGCGCCCUCGCCUACCCGCUUUACCGCUCCAUGCGGCAGACCAUGACUGGGAACGUGAGUGCGCAGGCGCAGCAACUGCGCGAGCUUCGCUACGACCUCCGCCGUCUUAGCCGCAACAACACAGAGAAGAGGAAGGCCCGCUUCAUGGCGGUGGCGGCACUGCUAGAGCGCGGCGAAGUUGACGCGGCUGAUUUGCCAGCUGACCUUCGCCGUGAGAUUGCGCAGGUCGCGGCCAACGCCACUGAAAAUAAAAAGCGUCGCCUCAUCAUCGAAUCACACGCCCGCUACCGCGAAACCGUCGAUGGCACUGAGUGGGAAGACGGCGACCCCCUUGGCGAGAAGAAGAGCAGAACAGAAGACCCGAGCGACGUGCUGGACGGCGAGGAGGACAACGACGGCAGCGCUGGCGGGGCGGUGGCAGCAGAGCGUACGUGGUGGGAAAAGCUGGUCGACAUGGAGAGCGCCACCGCGCAGGAGAGGGCGAGCCGGCGGCUGCAGCCACUGCAGGAGGUCACAGCGAUCGAGCCCAGCGCAGGCAUGAUGGAGAUUGGCACGAUGGUGCUGCACGACGACGUCCCUAACGUCGCGUGGAAGCGAUACCUGCUGCCGGAGGAUGAAGCAAUCCAACACGAUCUCGUAGUGGCUGCUUACUCUCUCAGUGAAGUUGCGGACUCAGCGAACCGGAAGCGGCUUGUGCAGCAGCUGUGGAAGAUGACCCGCGGCGUCCUUGUGCUUGUGGAGUUCUCGAACCUGCACAACUUCAACCUUUUGAUGGAAGCCCGCGAGACAAUCCUUGAAGAGAAGGGCAUUGGCCUGUGGGACUGGCAGCCAACCAUCGUAGCGCCAUGCCCGCACGAGCAACGCUGUCCUCUGCGCCACUGCAAGGCGGGUGUGAAGAGCAAGCGCAUGCGCCUUUGCACAACGGAGGCGCAGUACCGCGCCACCUUCAUCGAUGUCUGGGCACGGCACAUGCCGCUGAAGGUGGGAAUCGAGCCCAUUUCGUACGUAGUGUUUGCCCGCAACGAGCUCGUGCCGGAGCGGGCGGAGCGGCGAGAAGCGCAGGUGAAACGGGAGGAGGCGGAGCGGGUGCAGGCACGCGAUGCAAAGCAGCGACAGCUUUACGCAGCCUCGCUGUCGUUGAAGGACGUCGUCUUCGAUCGAUUGAGUGACGAGGCGCUGCACCGCCCCUCCACUGGCGUGCCGGUGAAGUUGUCGGACGCACCAACAACAGGCGAGGCAGCUCCCUCGUUAGCACUUACGCAGGCGUUGCAAAGCAGUGCGACCAGCACUGGGGAGGUGGGCCAACUGCCCUUGGGUGCCCCCUGCCUAGUCCAGACCUCUGCACAGCGGUACAAUAAGCUUGUCUAUCCGCUCCAGUUUCCACCAGCAACGCACCGGUACAACCGCGCCUUCGUUGACGCCGGGUAUCAGCGACAGCGUGCCAUCACGCCUUCCGAGAUGCUGGUCGUUCGCGAGGAGCUGGAGGAAAUGCGGCGUCGAGUAACGCGAGCGAGUCCCUCGUAUCUGCGCGUGGUGCGCGACCCAACGUGUCGGGGCAAGAUCCAGGCGUCCUUCUGCACACCGGAGGGAGAUUUGGUGACUGCACGCGUCUAUCGCCGCUUCUAUGGCGACUACAGUAGCGUCCCCCGUCACACGACGAUGCGCUGGCAGCACAUUGGCGGCUGGAGGCUACUGAAGCGCAUCCGCAGCGGCUCCCUUUUCCCACACGACGUGCCGCUUUACGCGGUGAAUCGGCAUCCUCAGGUGGACUUCCCCAACACCCUCCUCGGCAUGAAGCACUCGGCGGUGGAGAAGACGGCGAUGCAGUACAACGACCCGAUGUCGCUGAUGGAGACGCCAGAAGAGGAGCUCUCACGCGAGGAGGUGAAACAGAAGCGCCGCCUGGUGCGCGACGAGGAGGCGCAGAGGAAGGCAGAGGCGAAGCUCGAGGAGGUGCUUGGCACCAAGAUCCGAGACUCCUCGCUGGAGGGCCACAUCGACGCUCGUCGCCGCAUCUCGGCCGAGGAGUGGGCCAGGGCGGUGCGUCGUGCGAAGCAGAGGACGGUACGGCAGACGCAGCAGACCAUCCCCAAUGCGGCACGGAUGCGCGCACUGAAACGAAGGCUUGAGGUGCGGCACCGCAAUGUGUGGCGGGAAAUGGAGCAGAAUCGCCGACGUUGA